UGAUACUACCCGAGCGGUUGGCAUCGUUAAUGGGUAGUAAAGCCAUUGGGGGGGGGUCACUCUUGGCUGGACGGAAAGUUUACUGUCGUACAAUGAUUUAAAGGGAAAGGCAAACCCGUAGCCUCACUGCAACGUCCAGUCACCCUGUGCCAGUUGCUCACCAACCGAUUCUGAACCAGCUGUCAUAGGAUUCAAACCCCCUACACGUGGGGUGGUUUACUGCCUACAUACUGGAAUGCUUGAAAAAUAAGAGAGUGACAAGGAAAGGAUUACUCGCUGAAAGUAUUUCUUUAAUUCCACCUGGUUGGACUGGCCCGUUUGGUGUUUGAAAGGUGUAUCUUUACUGGACAUAUAGCGGAAUUUGACACUGUUGGAGAUCUCACAGCCUGAUCAUGGUGCUUCAAGUGCUCCAAAGACUGGGAACUGGGUUCGGGGUCAGAUGCGCAACAAGCGGGCAAAUCCGAACUUUUGUAAGUCCCGUUUCCAGCUGGGUGGCCAGCGCUUACAUGCCUGAAGCUACUGGGUUCCCGGUGGAACAACGACAGAACCCCCGUGGUCUGUACGAGCUGUCUGUGGGGCAGCCCGAACAAUUUUGGGGCUCCCUAGGCCGAGAGCGUCUCAUGUGGACCAGUCCGUUUCAAGGGGUUCUGGAGGGGAGCCUCAGAGAAGGAAACAGCCGCUGGUUUCGGGGAGGCCACCUCAAUGCAUCAGUUAACUGUAUAGACCGCCAUGUCCAUGUUGCCCCAGACAAGAUUGCUUUGAUAUGGGAAAAAGAUGAACCUGGAAAUGAGGUUCGGGUCACCUACAGGGACCUGCUGGAAAUGACAUGUCGCCUCGGAAAUACACUGAGGCACCAAGGAGUGAAGCCAGGAGACCGUGUGACAAUCUACAUGCCACCUUGUCCACUUGCUGUGGCAGCCAUGCUAUCAUGUGCCCGUAUUGGGGCUGUCCACUCUGUGGUAUUCGCUGGAUUCAGUUCAGAGGCCCUUGCUGACAGAAUUCGGGAUGCUGAGUCUGAAAUAGUUAUCACUGCUAACCAGGGUAUACGCGGAGGAAAAAUUGUUGAACUCAAGAAGACAGUUGACCACGCAGUAAAGACAUGUCCCUCUGUGAAAAGGGUUCUUGUAGCCAACAGAACUGAAAACCGUGUUCCCAUGUCUGAUAUUGACCUAUUUCUUGAAGAGGAAAUGGCAAAAGAGAGCAUGACAUGUGACCCAGUAAAUAUGGAGAGUGAAGACAUGCUUUUCCUACUCUAUACCUCGGGCAGUACUGGGAGACCAAAAGGCCUGGUGCACACCCUUGCUGGCUACCUACUGUAUGCUGCUGUCACUCACAGGUAUGUAUUCGAUUAUCAUGAUGGAGAUGUCUUUGGCUGUGUAGCUGACAUUGGCUGGAUUACUGGACACAGCUAUGUGGUGUAUGGUCCCCUUUGCAAUGGAGCGACAACAGUUUUGUUUGAAAGCACACCUGUUUACCCAAACCCAGGACGUUACUGGGAAAUGGUUGAACGAUUACAGAUUAACCAGUUCUAUGGAGCACCAACAGCAAUUAGACUCCUUCUCAAAUAUGGAAACGACUGGGUGAAGAAAUAUGACAGGUCUUCCCUGAAAACACUUGGAUCAGUUGGCGAGCCCAUGAACUCAGAAGCCUGGGACUGGUAUUUCCAUGUUGUGGGAGGUGGACGUAGCCCUGUUGUAGACACCUGGUGGCAGACAGAAACUGGAGGUAUCUGUAUUGCACCACGGCCCUCAAAUCCUGGAGCAGAGAUCCUGCCUGCCAUGGUUAUGAGACCUUUUUUUGGAAUCAGCCCCGUUUUGAUGGAUGACAAGGGUAAUCUCAUAACUCAGAAUGACACCUCUGGGGCUCUCUGCAUAUCUCAGGAAUGGCCUGGUAUGGCCCGGACCAUUUACAAAGACCAUAAUAGAUACUUGGAGACCUAUUUAAAACCCUAUCCAGGCUACUUCUUCACUGGUGAUGGUGCCUACCGAUCAAAAAAUGGCUACUAUCAAAUCACUGGGCGCCUUGAUGAUGUCAUCAACAUAAGUGGCCACAGGCUAGGAACAGCAGAAGUAGAAGAUGCUUUGAACCAACAUUCUUUGGUUGCAGAAUCUGCAGUCAUCGGGUAUCCACAUGAUAUAAAGGGAGAAGAUCUUCAAGCAAAUGCUCCUUGUCCAUGGUUAUCUAGGUGCACAAAUGACCGCAAAUCAGGGGCAUAUGCUUUUGUGGUUCUGAAGCUUGGUGCAGACGUAUCAGAUCGCAGUAUCAGUAAAGAACUUCAAAAUACAGUCUCCAGAAAAAUAGCAAAAUAUGCAGCUCCAGAUUACAUUCAGGUUGUAAAGAGAUUGCCCAAAACACGUUCUGGAAAGAUUAUGCGUCGUGUCCUCAGGAAGGUUGUAGAAAAUAAAGCAAAUGAACUUGGUGACCUUACAACUCUGGAUGACCAUGAAACAGUGACGGAAAUUAUUGAAGGUCACGAGCAACUCCUGAAACAAGAAAAGGGCAUGUGAAGAGAGAAUAGAGUUGCCAGCGUGUGGGUAGCUUGUUCAGGCACUUGGAUUUAUAUGGCUACUGAACAAACAGUCCUGUACAGUAAAUCAUUAGGUUAUAACCCUUAACAUCACACUAGAGGAACUGCUUUUAUAAACUAAUUUAGUCAUGUACACAACUGCAUUCCUUAAAGCUGAAAUGAUGUACUGGUAUACAGAAAUGACUCCUGCAUUUCCUACGGAUUUAGCUCGGCUUGAGAUUGAAAGCCAAAGGGUAUUCUGAAUUUUGUGAGCACUUCAGGUGAAACAGUUCCAGCUUUGUGGAACAUUGCACAUGAUUAAAGUCUAAUUUCACGUGAUUAUUUCUUUUUAAA